CGGGAGCGUGGGCAGGCCCGGAUCUGCCCUUAGGGCCGGGAUUGCCCAACCGAGCCGGGGCUGGGCUGGGCUGGGCAGGGCGGGGGCCGCGCCCGGAGACUCCCGAGGGCCCCGAUCCCGCUCCGGAUCCGUCACAUCCCACCCGGCCGUGCCCAGAGAGGAGCCUCCUCCCAGCCCAGCCAUGCCCACGGAGACGGAGCGUUGCAUCGAGUCCCUGCUGGCCGUGUUCCAGCGCUACGCCGGCCGGGAGGGGGACAACUGCACCCUGUCCAAGCGGGAAUUCCUGGCCUUCAUGAACACCGAGCUGGCUGCCUUCACAAAGAACCAGAAGGAUCCGGGGGUCGUGGACAGGAUGAUGAAGAAGCUGGACCUGAACAGCGACGGGCAGCUGGACUUCCAGGAGUUCCUGAACCUCAUCGGGGGCAUCGCCGUGGCCUGUCACAACAGCCUGGUGGUGAAGGCCCCUGGCCCUUAGGGGGGGU